ACGGCAAACAAACCAACACAUCCAGCCAGUGUAGUCAUCUAGUCGAGUAGUCAGGGAUGUUGUGCUCCCAGCAGAGUCACAGGCUCAUUGUACGCUGGCAGCAAGUCAGACGACUAGCCACCGUGGUUCCAGCCAAAACAGGUGUCAAACAAACGCUUAUCGAGAAGAUCGUACAGCGUUUUGCUGUGGAUCAGACAGCUCCCGUGGUCAGCGGCAGCUAUGUUUCCAUCAGGCCACAGCAUGUCAUGUCCCACGACAAUUCCUGGCCAGUGGCCACCAAGUUCAUGGGAAUUGGUGCGACUCGCAUCAAGGACAACCGGCAAGUGGUCAUGACACUCGAUCACGAUGUGCAGAAUAAGUCUGCAAAGAACUUGGAAAAGUAUGCCAACAUUGAGGCAUUUGCAAAAAAGCAUUCUGUCGACUUUUAUCCGGCGGGACGUGGUAUUGGACAUCAGAUUUUGGUCGAGGAAGGCUAUGCAUUUCCAGGUACGAUGACUGUAGCUUCAGACUCCCAUUCAAACAUGUACGGCGGUGUCGGUUGUCUAGGGACCCCUGUUGUACGCACAGAUGCAGCCGCCAUCUGGGCUACAGGCAAGACUUGGUGGCAGGUACCACCUGUUGCCAAGGUUACCUUGAACGGAGCGUUACCUGCCGGUGUAUCUGGUAAAGAUGUGAUUGUCGCGCUGUGCGGACUUUUUAACAACGAUGAAGUACUCAAUCAUGCCAUUGAGUUCACAGGCAGUGGCAUUGCUGCAUUGUCGGUUGACGAUCGUUUGGCCAUCGCCAACAUGACUACCGAAUGGGGAGCACUCGCCGGUGUAUUUCCAGUGGACGACACUCUCCUUGCUUGGUACAAGAAGCGUAUUCAAAGAAAGGAACUCGAAGGAUUCGGCAAGGACAAGCAUCCUCGUCUGCACACUGGCCGACUUGAAGAAUUGCAGCAAAAUAUUCUGACACCUGACCAAGGUGCCUACUAUGCAAAGACUUUGACUCUUGACCUAAGCACGCUCUUGCCUCACAUCUCCGGGCCAAAUUCUGUCAAGAUAACGACUUCGCUUGCUCAGCUGGCCGAACAAGACAUUGCCAUCAACAAAGCAUACCUUGUCUCUUGCACCAAUUCGCGUUUGUCUGAUCUGAAAGCCGCUGCUGAUGUGUUGCGUGGCAAGAAGAUUGCCCCCGGUGUUGAGUUCUAUGUUGCUGCAGCGAGUAGCGAAGUGCAAAAGGACGCAGAAGGCGCAGGAGACUGGUCUGCCCUGGUUGACGCUGGCGCAAAGACACUGCCGGCAGGUUGUGGUCCUUGCAUCGGCCUUGGCACAGGUCUCCUCGAAGAUGGCGAAGUCGGUAUUUCAGCAACAAACAGGAACUUCAAGGGUCGUAUGGGAUCACCCAAUGCGCUCGCGUACUUGGCGAGUCCUGCUGUGGUUGCAGCGAGUGCGCUGGCGGGCAAGAUCGCCUUCCCGCCUUCCAUUGACCAGAGCAACCGUCAACCCACAACAAGCAUCACUUUGCACCAGCAGGAAACCGACACGGCUGCGGCCGGCAGUGCAGCAACGGCUGUGAUGGAUGGCUUCCCAGCUAAAAUCGAGGGCGAGAUUGUAUGGUGCGAUACCGAUAACCUCAACACAGAUGGCAUCUACCCAGGUAAGUACACAUACCAAGAUGAUAUCACCAGGGAAAAGAUGGGUGAAGUCUGCAUGGAGAACUACGAUCCCGCGUUCAGAAACAUUGCCAAGCCCAAUGAUGUUCUCGUGGGUGGGUUCUGCUUUGGCAUUGGCAGUUCUCGCGAGCAAGCCGCCGUGGCCAUUCUUGCCAAAGGCAUCCCCAUGGUCUGUGCCGGCUCAUUCGGUGACAUCUUCAAGCGAAACUCCAUCAACAAUGCCUUGCUCUGUGUUGACACGCCUUACUUGAUUGAGCGGCUACGAGCGGCAUUCACGAACAAGGAGUUGACAGUGCGUACGGGUUGGAAGCUAUCGUGGGAUGUGGCUGCAAGUACAGUCACUGUGCAAGAAGGUGCCGAUGGCACUAUAUGGUCUCGCCCAACUGGUCCGCUUGGACCAUCUGUGCAGUCAUUGUUCAUCAAGGGAGGCUUAGAAGGUCUUGUCAAGUCAGAGAUUGCAUCUGCAUAAUAUAGCAUGCUACCGAUUGUAUCUGUAGGCAAAUAGCGAAGUUCACCGGACGAG